AUUGCCAGAGUAUCGCGACGGCUUCACACCCACAUUUGCAGCAGAUGGCGUCUAACGAUGCUGCAGCAGAACGCGAGGAGCGGCUCAAGUCCGCUCUCUGGUAUGCAAUCGGCCAAUUCGUUGACGACAAGUCUUUGGAAAGCGAUCUGAAUGCCACUCCGCAAUUCAUCGGUGCCUUGACUGAACUUGUAUAUACUCAGAUAGCAAACACAGCCCGGGAUCUCGAAGUGUUCUCGAAGCAUGCGGGACGCAAGACAAUCAACCCAGAUGAUGUCCUCCUCCUCGGUAGACGCAAUGAGCAGCUUCAAGCGAUGCUGGAGAAGGAGCUAGAAGAUAUCAGAGCUGCUGAAGGGAGACGGGCAGAUGGACAACCAGUUGCUCGCGCACAACCAGCUGCUGCCGGAAAAAAGCGAGGAAGGCCUGCUGGCACGGGAAAGGGCAAAGCGAAAGCCUAAACAGGCCUGCAAAUUACAACAGUAUCUUGUGUACGUUUCCUAGGCGUUGAGGAGUUAUGCUAUGAUACCCGCAA